CCGUUUCAAAGGUCAUCUUAUAAAUACUAAAACAUUCAACGGAUUGACUCAGUCAUUGUAAAAAGCCUUCACAAUGACAACUUCGCCGGCUUUAGACUCGAAUUGCAUCACUUUGACACGAUAUGUGUUGUCAGAACAGAAAAACGCACCCCAUGCUACUGGUGAGCUCACCCAACUCUUGAACUCAAUCCAAACUGCUGUUAAAGUCAUCAGUAGUGCUGUACGAAGGGCCGGAAUCACAAAAUUGUUUGGUACUGUUGGUCACACAAAUGUGCAAGGUGAAGAGGUGAAGAAACUCGACUGUCUUGCCAACGAGCUCUUCAUCAACAUGUUAUCCUCUUCAUAUACAGUUGCUCUGCUAAUUUCUGAGGAAAACGAGACUGUAAUUGAGAUUGAAACUGAUAAAAGGGGCAAAUACAUCGUGGCAUUUGACCCCCUGGACGGCUCCUCUAACAUCGACUGUCUCGUCUCAAUCGGUUCAAUUUUCGCAAUAAUGAAAAAAACAGAUAACUCAAUCCCAUCUAUGAAAGACGCCCUCCAGCCCGGUAACCAAGUUGUUGCUGCUGGGUACGCCCUUUAUGGCAGCGCAACCAUGAUGGUAAUCUCCGUCGGGAACGGCGUCCACGGCUUCAUGCUGGACCCGUCCGUGGGCGAGUUUAUUCUCACUGAUAAAAACAUGACAAUUCCGAAACGGGGUAAAAUCUACGCCAUCAAUGAGGGGUACACCUAUCAAUGGGAUGACGCGGUGAAGGAAUAUGUCAAUAAUAAGAAAGACCCAACGAAGGGAAAACCGUACAAUGCGCGAUAUGUGGGAUCGAUGGUCGCUGAUGUACACCGGACAAUUAAAUACGGGGGGAUUUUUAUAUAUCCUGCGACGAAGGAUUCCCCGAAUGGAAAGUUGCGGUUGUUGUACGAAUGCAUUCCCAUGGCUUUUAUUAUGACUCAAGCAGGAGGGUUGGCUUCCAAUGGAAAAAUCCCGAUUUUGGAUGUGCAACCCACGAGCUUGCAUCAGAGGUGUCCGAUUUUCUUGGGCUCGAAGGAGGAUGUAGAGGAUGUUUUGGCAGUUAUUAAGAAACACUCCAAAUAAUUUUUUGUACUCAUUGAUUUUUUAUUAUUAAAUGUGAUGUUUAUUUCA